AUGUUAUCAAUCACCAAUUUGAACAAUUCGCGUGUCUUGCGCCUGGUCGUUCCUAUUGUUGUGGUUUUCACACUCGUGUGCACUUUCUAUACGGGCUGGAAGCCAAUACAAAAGAUCAUUCCCAGCUCGGACCCCUCCUCAGGGGCCAUUGCGGCCGACGACGCAAGUUCAGCGCCCCCAACUCCACCAAUCCCCGAGGAUCCUUCGCCCACCAAACCCAAAAUUCACUACUCAAACGCCAACACUUCAAUUUCCAAUAUUCCGGAUAAGGUUUGGCAUUCCGCAAAAACAGAUGACAUAUCGGAAAGCCAACGCAAAUGGGUGGACAGCUGGUCGAGCACCACUCCCGAAUGCCGACAAGAAUUGCUUACCGACCGCUCUGGCGAGGCGUUUGUUCGCGCAUACUACCAGGAGACACGACCAGACAUUGUCGAAAUCAUCGAAUCCCUAUCUAUUCCAAUUUUACGGGCGGAUCUUCUUCGUUAUUUGAUUGUUCUCGCUGAGGGCGGGUACUGGAGUGAUCUAGAUGUCACUUUGGAGAAGCCACUUUCUGACUGGGUGCCCGCGGAGUACAAAGAUCAAAACAUCGACAUGAUUGUCGGUUUGGAAUUCGACUUUGCUUAUCGCGGCCCAGAAGCCGAGGUCGCAUCUCAAUUUUGCAACUGGGUAUUUGCAGCACAGCCGUCAUCUCGCAACCUGGUUGUGAUUGUUAACACUGUCAUCAACAAGUUGAAGGAGAUUGCAAAGACCAACAACGUGUCUAUUUCCGGUAUCAAAUUGGAGAUGCUCAAGGAUGUGGUGAACGUGACCGGACCUAAGAUCAUGACGAUCGCGAUCUUAGAAAGUCUAGGACAAUUGCUCAAGAGGACCGUGGACGACCGCGACUUCUCGGGAAUCAAGCAUCCGAAGUUGGUCGGUGAUGUCUUGAUCAUGCCCGGUGUUUCAUUUGCGGCGGCUCAAAAUGGGUUCCCUACGGAUCAAGGCGAUGCACUUGUGACACAUCAUUACGAGGGCUCGUGGAAGCAGGCAGACGCAGAAGCCAAAGAAAGAAAAAAGCAGAAGGAGCAAGAAGAGCGUGAAGCACAGGGUCACCAAGGAUGA